AUGUCCACAUUGGACACAUUUAACAUACGCCGUCCUCCUCCUAUCCUGCCCGCAGUGGGCUGCUCGGCGCCGCUGCUGGGGCUCAACGGGCUGCCCGCGCACGCCGCGCGCCACCCCAAGGACUACAGCAGCGUGGCCGAGGUGAAGUUCGUGGCGGAGAUCACCGACCCGCUCACCCGGGACCGCAAGCUGUGCAAGAUCAAGUGCGUGGAGGGCCAGUGGAUCGGGCCACUGUGCGAGCAAAAGGACGAUGGCGGCCGCUUUCACCCCAUACUGCGGAGCUGCCUGCUGGAGAACGUCCCCAGCCACGUCGUGCUCACCUACCGCAACGUCACCAUCCAGGCGUCGCAGCUGCUGUUCCCGCACGACGCCGUGCUGCAGGCGCGCUGCCGGGAGCUGGGCAUGUACAAGCUGCGCGGCGCGGCCUCGCUGCAGUGCCAGAACGGCAAGUGGUCGGAGCGCGUGCCCCACUGCGUCCCCACCACCGUGCUCACCAACUUCGCGCCCGACUCGCCGCCCACUAUCCUGCUGCGCAUCCCCACCGGCUCGGCGUCCGUCGAGCCCGGCGGCGAGCUGGCCGUCUUCCCGGGCUCCAUCGUGCACCUCGAGUGCCUGUACUCGCGCAAGGUGGGCACGCCCGAGUGGUCGUGGACCGCCACGCACCGCCAGUACCUCACGGGCUGGGCCAUCGCGUCGGACGAGCGCGACUGGAAGUACCGCCUGUCCAUCUACUACAGCAAGCCCACCGACUCGGGCACGUACACGUGCCGCACCCCGGCCCCGGAGCAGGCCACCAACAGCGUGACGGUGAGGGUGGCGCCCGUGCACUGCGACCCCGACCGCCUGGCCUCGCGCGACCCCGCGCUCUCCGUGAGGUCGGAGGGCAGCCGCCUCGGGCAGACCGCCUCCUUCUCCUGCCCGACGGGCUACACCAUCAAGGGCGCCGCCACGGUCACGUGCACGGGGUCGGCGCACUGGUCGCACCCGCCGCCCGCCUGCGUGCCCAUCCGCUGCCCGGCCCUGGUGCUCAGCGACCCUCGCAUGCGCCUCGUCGAGCUCAACAACUCGUACGGCGGCCACGCCAUCUUCGCCUGCACCUUCGGCUACACGCUCGACCCGCGGCCCGGGCUCAUGUGCGAGAGCACGGGCCAGUGGGACCGGCCGCUGCCCCGCUGCAAGCGUGAGUACAAUGCACGAAGAACAGGGUGGUCCACAGACCCCUAUACACUGUACUGCAUGUCGGCGUGUGGACGCGUUGCAUACUCACACGGGGCCAUAAGGCGCCGUGGUGAGCGACUGUAGGCAAGCACAAGCACGCCCGCACGCGUGCAUGCGGUAUAGUUUAAACAAAAUAAAGGAAGGGGUCUACCGACCACCCUCUACAAUCAACAGCAAUGUGUACUCGAGGGGUACUUCAUUUUCAGUUUAAGUGCACAGAAAUCUUUUUCUUUAUUUUUUGUAUUUUUGUUUUA